AUGCUUUUUCUGUUAUCUAUUAUCUAUCUAUCUAUCUAUCUAUCUAUCUAUCUAUCUAUCUAUCUAUCUUCCUCGCUCAUCUAUUAUAGUCUGUUAUCUAUCUAUCUAUCUAUCUAUCUAUCUAUCUAUCUAUCUAUCUUCCUUGCUCAUCUAUUACAGUCUGUUAUCUAUCUUUCUUCCUCACUUAUCUAUUACCAUUUUCUAUCUAUCUAUCUAUCUAUCUAUCUAUCUAUCUUCAUCUGUCUAUUUAUCUAUCUAUCUAUCUUCUCAUCUAUCUAUUACAGUUUGUUAUCUAUCUAUCUAUCUUCCUCAUCUUCCUCGCUUAUCUAUUAUACCGUCUGUUAUCUAUCUAUCUAUCUAUGUAUCUAUCUUCCUAUCUAUCAGUCUGUUAUCCUCUAUCUUCAUCUAUUACAGUCUGUUUCCUAUCUAUCUAUCUAUCUUCUAUCUAUCUAUCAUCUUCAUUGCUAUCUAGUUUGUUAUCUAUCUAUCUAUCUAUCUAUCUAUCUUCCUUGCUCAUCUAUUACAGUCUGUUAUCUAUCUAUCUAUCUAUCUAUCUUCCUCAUCUAUCUAUCUACCAUCUUCUUCGCUCAUCUAUCUAUCUAUCUAUCUAUCUAUCUAUCUAUCUAUCUAUCUAUCUAUCUUCAUUGCUCAUCUACUACAGUUUGUUAUCUAUCUAUCUAUCUAUCUAUCUAUCUAUCUAUCUUCCUUGCUCAUCUAUUACAGUUUGUUAUCUAUCUAUCUAUCUAUCUUCCUCUUAUCUCUCUAUCUAUCUAUCUAUCUAUCUAUCUAUCUUCUAUCAUCUAUUAUCUAUCUCUUGUUAUCUAUUACAUCUAUUAUCUAUCUAUCUAUCUAUCUAUCUAUCUAUCUAUCUAUCUAUCUUCCUUGCUCAUCUAUUACAGUCUGUUAUCUAUCUAUCUUCCUCACUUAUCUAUUACCAUUUUCUAUCUAUCUAUCUAUCUAUCUAUCUAUCUAUCUAUCUAUCUAUCUUCAUUGCUCAUCUACUACAGUUUGUUAUCUAUCUAUCUAUCUAUCUAUCUAUCUAUCUAUCUAUCUAUCUAUCUUCCUCACUCAUCUAUUACAGUCUGUUACCUAUCUAUCUUCCUCACUUAUCUAUUACCAUCUUCUAUCUAUCAGCAGUUAAAAAGAAAUGAAAGAGUGACAUUUCAUUUUUAUUCAUUUUUUUUGGCUUCCUUUUUAUCUUCUUCGCUUUUUAAUUUUCUUUCUUUAUUUUUCUUUCUUUGCAUUUUACUCUUCUCUCUUUUUCUUACUUUCUUUCUUUGCAUUUUACUCUUCUCUUUUCUUUUUCAUUUCUUAUUUCUCUGUAUUUUACUCUUCUCUCUUUUUCUUUCUUUCUUUCUUUCAAUGCAUUUACUUCGUCUCUUGUUUUUUCUUUUUUCUUUCUUUCUCUGUAUUUUACUCUUCUCUUUUUCUCUUUUACUCUUCUAUUUUUUCUUUUCUUUUCAUUUUACUUUUUCUUUCUUUUUUGUAUUUUACUCUUCUCUCUUUUUUUCUUUUCUCUUUCUUUCUUCAUAUUUUCCUCUUCUCUAUAUCUUUCUGUCUUUCUUUCUUUGUAUUUUAUUCUUCUCUCUUUUCUUUCUUUCAUUCUUUCUUUCUUUACAUUUUAUUCUUCACUUUUUCUUUCUUUGCAUUUUACUCUUCUUUUUUCUUUCUUUCUUUCUUUCUUUCUUUCUCUGGAAGAAGUUAUCUAAUUUGCUACUUCUUUAUUCUUCUUCUCUCUCGCUUUCUUUUUCAUUAUUUCCUUCUAAACUUUACACCUUUUUCUUUCUUUCAUUCUUUUUAUUUGAGUCUUCUCUUUGUGCUUCUUUCUUUAUUUCCAUCUCGUUUUUACAUUACAAUCUUUCUUUCUUUCUUUCUUUCUUCUUCUCUGUUAGAUUUAUAUUCACCUCUCUUCUCUUCCUUUCAGUUUCCCCAUCUUCUUUUGACUUGCCAAUUUUCUUUCUUUCUUUCUUUCUUUCUUUCUUUCUUUCUUUCUUUCUUUCUUUCUUCACCAUUUUCGUCUCUCUGUUUUGUCUGCAUUUCUUUCAAUUUUCGUCCAUCUUUCUUUCUUUCCCAUUUAAUCUUCUUUCUUUUUCACAUUCACAACUUUUCUCUCUUUCUUCCAUUCCUUUUCUAUUUAUUUUCCCAACUUUUUUGUUUCUUUUCGUAAUUCUUUUUAUAUUUAUUUUUCUUCUCUUUCUUACUCCUCUUCUCUUUUUUUAUUCUUCUUUCUUUUUGAUUCUCUCACUCUCUUUCUUUCUUUUUGGCUCUCUUUUCUUUAUCCUUCUUUCUUUUUGA